GCAGGGAGGCCUUUUUUUAGGGGAUGGAGCGAGGCCUUUCUGGCCCAUACCAAUGUGCGUAGAGGAGCCGGUUCCAUAUAGUCCCCCCGCCGCCGCUGCCGCCGCCGCCGCCCACAUUCAAGAACCCCAGUCUCCGGCCAUGUCCCUGAAGCGCUCCGCGAAGAUGGCGGCACCUCCGCCCCCGCCUCCGCCUCCGCCUGCCUCAUCCGAGGAGACCGGCUCCCGCUCGAGCUCUGAAGAGUCGGAGGACGCCAUCGCCGACUCCCCACCUUCCGCCAACACGCGUGUGCCCCCGCACAAGGGCGAGGAGGACGACGAGUCUGACGAGGAGGAGCAGGAUGAGUCCGACGAGGAGGAGGAGGAGCCCGUCCACGCCGCCCCGACAUUCGCCCCCACCCCCAAGUACCAGCCUCCGCCGCAGCAACAGAAAGAGAGCUCGGAAUCUUCCGACGACGAGGAGGAAGAAGAGGAAGAGGAGCCCGCCCAGGCCGCCCCUCCCUCCUCUCCCAAGAAACGGCCUCCACCGCAGCAGAUCGAAGACGAGGGUGAGUCCGAAGAGGAGGAGGAGGAGCCCGCCCACGCCGGCCCGACCGCCGCCCCCACCCCCAAGUACCAGCCUCCGCCGCAGCAACAGAGAGAGGGCUCGGAAUCUUCCGACGACGAGGAGGAAGAAGAGGAAGAGGAGCCCGCCCAGGCCGCCCCUCCCUCCUCUCCCAAGAAACAGCCUCCACCGCAGCAGAUCGAGGAGGAGGGUGAGUCUGAGGAGGAGGAGUUCGAGGAGCAGGAGCCCGCUCACGCUGCCCCGACCGCCGCCCCCACCCCCAAGUACCAGCCUCCGCCGCAGCAACAGAGAGAGGGCUCAGAAUCUUCCGACGACGAGGAGGAGGAAGAAGAGGAAGAAGAGCCCACUCAGGCGGCCCCUCCCUCCGCUCCCAAGAAACGGCCUCCGCCGCAGCAGAUCGACGAGGAAGAAGAGGAGGGUGCCUCCGAGGAGGAGGCGCCACCGAAGCUGGCUCCAAAGCAGGCGCCAGAGGGCGUGAAAACCAAGACCAAGAAGCCAGCCGUGUUCAGCCGCAUCUGGUCCACCGAUGAUGAUGUACGUAUCCUCGAGGCCCUCGCCGUUCACCAAAAGCAGCACGGCACGCUGCCGCAGUCGGAUGCUCUCGUGGACGCCCUUGCAGGCAAGCUCGACAACCGUGCCUACGGCCCCAAGGAGCUGAAGGUCAAGGUCGGAACCCUGAAGCGUCGGUACCAUGCUCUCAGCAAGAGGAGCGAGCUCCUGAGCAAGGAACACGAUCGCCAGGUGUUGGACCUUUCCAAGACCGUCUGGGGCGGUGACAAGAGCACCGCCGCAGCUGCCUCCGUAAAGACGACAGCGAAUGGCCACAAGCGCAAGAGCUUCGAGGAGAUGUGCGAGCUGUACCCGUACUUAGCGGAGGACGUGAAGGAGCUGAUGGUGGAGAACCCGGGCAUGUUCAAGAGUGACUUCGGGAAGAUGGAUCAUGAAAAGGCGCGCGUGAUGAAUGAGAAGAUCAAGAGGCAGAGGGUGGCACAGAUGAAGCUGGGGCUGCGCCGCCACGACCUGAUCAGGGAGGUGACCAAGACAAUCAUCGACCUGGUCGACUGAUGGGAGCUGCGUAUCAGGGUGUUCUUUGUUGGUGUAAACGGAUGUUUUUCUGCAUGACGAGAUCAUAUAUGCUGGGAAUUGCAUGUCGUGCCAACUCUGGCGAUUUAAGGUUUUUUUGUGUGUGUGACGAGAGCAUACUAGUAUGAGUAGAACUUGCGUCUUUUUUGAGUGGCAAGCUGAAUUACAAAUUGGGAUGCUUUUCGCACGACGAGAGCAUAUGCUGGAAUUGUAAGUUUUUGCAAUAGUGUUUUCUUGUGUGUGAUGGGUGCAUGCUAGAAUUGGCAAA